GAAUUAUUAUUAGUAUUAUUGUUAAUUUAUUAUUAUCGGAGAUUCCAUGCUCGAGAAAAGAGCAAUGAGUGUAUUUGAAGGCACGGACCCCACAUGGUUGCUGGGGUUGGUCCUUUGAGAUGCCAAUGCCAUUAAUGGUACACAUUGCCCCAUGUUCCAAAAACCAAAACUUUCCACACCCAAGCCUGCAUUUGAGAGAGUCAAUGCCUUCUAUUUAACCACACUGUUACUGCUUUGUGUUUUUUCCUUCAUGGGUAUGAGUAGUUUGGUUUAGGUUUUUACCUUUUGUUUGUUUGUUAGGGGUAGGGAACUGGGUGGUUGACCUAAACUUGAGGGCUGAUUGGGAGUUUUUAGGUUUCUGGGGGCUCAAUUUUUAUGUUUUGGGGGUUUUGGGGAAGUGGGUAUGUGGUUGGGUUCUAAUUAUAGUGGAGUGGUUCUAGGGUUUUUGAGGAGGUGGUGGUGUUGUUGAUUGAAUCUGGUGGUGGAUUCGGCUCUUUUGGUUUGUUGGGUUGCUGGGGGUUUUGAUAAAGGUUGUUCCUUUGGAGGGAGGGAAUGGAAAGGAGCUGCAUUGUGGAUAAUUUCCGAGAAGGGUAAAUUUGAGGCCAAGUGGUUGUGUGUGCUAAAGGUGUUUGUGAAGGGUUUCAACUUUCAAAUUCAAUUGAACUUAGAUCUGUUCUUGACUCGGUUUUGUUCAGCAAUUGUUGUUCUCUUUUGGGGAUUUGAGUAAAUGGCUUGCGUGAAAUUGGGUUCCAAAGCCGAUGCUUUCCAGCGUCAAGGGCAGGCCUGGUUCUGCACGACUGGGCUUCCUAGUGAUAUAGUUGUUGAAGUUGGGGAGAUGUCUUUUCAUCUGCACAAGUUUCCUUUGCUGUCUAGAAGUGGGGUUCUAGAAAGAAUGAUUGCCGAGGCUUCUGAAUCAGAGGAAGAAUGUGUCAUAUCCUUAGGUGACAUUCCUGGUGGGGCCAAAACAUUUGAACUUGUGGCAAAAUUCUGCUACGGUGUGAAACUUGAACUUACAGCAUCAAAUGUUGUGUACCUCUGGUGUGCUGCAGAACGUCUUGAAAUGACUGAGGAAUAUGGUGAAGGCAAUCUUAUUUCACAGGCUGAGAACUUUUUCAAUCAAGUGGUCCUCCGCAGUUGGAAAGACUCUAUGAGGGCACUUCAAAGCUGUGAUGAUGUUUCAUCCCAUGCUGAAGAGCUCCACAUUGUGAAAAGAUGCAUUGAAUCACUGGCAGCAAAGGCAUCUACUGACCCAAAUUUAUUCGGGUGGCCAGUGUUGGAGCGUGGUGGUCCUUUGCAGAGCCCUGGUGGAAGUGUUUUGUGGAAUGGAAUAAGUACUGGGGCAAGACCAAAAAAUUCAAGUGCAGAUUGGUGGUAUGAGGAUGUAACAAAUUUGAGUUUACCUCUUUAUAAGAGAUUGAUAGCUAUCAUGGAAUCUCGAGGCAUUAGGCAGGAGAUUAUUGCCGGUUCUCUUGCUUUCUAUGCUAAAACAUAUCUGCCUGGGUUGAAUCGACGUCAGGUUUCUGGUGAGUCCAGUGCCCGUCUGACACUAGCUAUGGGGUCUCCACUAUGUGAAGAUGACCAGAAGAUUCUACUGGAAGAGAUAGACGAAUUGCUCCCAAUGCAGAAGGGACUGGUCCAAACAAAGUUUCUUUUUGGUCUACUUCGAACAGCCAUGAUUCUACGAGUGAGCCCCUCUUGCAUAUCAAACUUGGAGAGACGGAUUGGCAUGCAGCUUGAUCAAGCUACUCUGGAAGAUCUCUUGAUGCCUAAUUUCUCAUAUUCAAUGGAGACACUUUACAACGUUGACUGUGUGCAAAGAAUUCUUGACCAUUUCCUUGCCAUGGAUCAGGAUACUGGUGGUGCCUCCCCAUGCUCAAUUGAUGAUGGUCAAUCGAUUGGGUCACCUUCUCUGACACCAAUCACAAUGGUAGCCAAACUGAUUGAUGGUUACCUGGCAGAGGUUGCCCCAGAUGUUAACUUAAAACUUCCCAAGUUUCAAGCCCUUGCUGCUGCUGUUCCAGAGUAUGCCAGGCCUUUGGAUGAUGGUUUAUAUCGCGCCAUAGAUAUUUUUUUGAAGUCUCACCCAUGGUUGGUGGAAUCUGAGAGAGAGCAACUAUGUAGGCUGAUGGAUUGCCAGAAGCUCUCAUUAGAAGCAUGCACCCACGCUGCGCAAAACGAGAGGCUACCCAUCAGAGUGAUAGUCCAAGUUCUAUUUUUCGAGCAGCUCCAGCUUCGGACUUCAAUCGCCGGCUGCUUUCUAGUUUCGGACAAUCUUGAUGGAUCAAGGCAAUUAAGAAGCGGUUUUGUCGGAUCAACAGAGGGCGGCUGGGCGUCGGCUGUGAAGGAAAACCAGGUUUUGAAAGUGGGAAUGGAUAACAUGAGGAUGAGGGUGUCUGAGCUUGAGAAGGAAUGCUCAAACAUGAGGCAGGAGAUCGAGAAACUGGGUCGCACGAAGGGAACAAGCGCUUGGGGAACCGUGUCGAAGAAACUAGGGUUUAAGUUAAAGUCUCAGAUGUGUAGUGCUCAAGAAGGGUCAGUUAGCAACCAGAAUGAUGCAAAUAGUAAGGUUGAGAAGCUGAAGGACAGACAUGUAAAGCACAAGAAAAGUUCUUCUGUUAGUGACAAAGCAUCAGUCUCUUCAAUUGUUCAUUCGUAGUGUCUCAUGUUAAUUUACUCACAAGGUUUUUCUCGCAUGUUACUGUGUCAUUGAGUAAUCAGUUUCGUUGCCCCUGCUUCUUAAGCAAGUGUAACUGAGAUGGAAACAGAAGUCUCUGUAUUGUGUAAACCGUAGAUUUAGCUGUUUUUUUUUUCUCCUGUCCCACUACAUAUGAAUAUAAAAGGUCCAUGCACAAUGUGUCUCCUACUUGUCCAAAAUAUUCAUUUGUUUGAAUUUAAUUUUAUAGAGGUUAUCUCCAAA